CGCUCUAGAAUCUGAACGCAUGAGAUUCUAUGGUUCCGUGGGUAGGCGUGUGAGCGCGCUAUGGCCACUCUAGGCUGAGGAAAGGCGGUAGCUCGUUCUAGCCUUAGCCUCCGGCGCACUCUAUAGUUGCAACCCGCCCACCCCGAGAGAGAGUGUGGGUGUAUAUGUGAGUGUGUCUGCCUGGCGGGGCCUACAAUGCAGGCAGCGGCUCUGGUUUCCUGAGGUGUUAGGGUAGCGCCACCGCUCUCGAUUCCCUUUGGGCGCAACGCGAGGCCAAGGCGAAGCCGGCAGUCUCUGAGCAAACCAGCAUGCCUGUAUACAAUGUUACCUAAAACUGGGUUCACAUGAGACUUAGUCGCAAAUGGAAGGAUGGUCAGGCAAAAUUUCUGCGGUGUUGUGUUUUUUAGGCUGAUUAUGGAAGAGGCGCACAAAAGCAGCAGUAACAAUUCAGCAACACCCCCACAAGCAACACCUUUACAAGGUACCACUCUACAGGCAGCUCAGCUUUCUCGUGUUUCUCAACAGAUGUCCCUUAGAGGUACAACUCCACUGACAGCAGUUCAACUUUCUGGGGAUCAGGUCCAGGGAGUCAUUCAUACAGCUCAGACCUCCUCUGUAAUUCACUCACCACAAGGGCAAUCAGUGCAGGUAUCUUUGUCAGAGAGUGAAGAUUCACAAGAUUCUUCCGAUAGCAUAAGCUCUUCACAGAAAGCCAGAGGUAUCCUAGCACGUCGUCCAUCUUAUAGGAAAAUCUUGAAUGAUCUUUCUUCUGAAGACACACGAGACAGGAAAGGAGAUGAUGCAAGUCCUGGUGUCUCUACUAUCACAUCAAUGUCUGUCCCUACACCUGUUUACCAAACAAGCACUGGGCAAUAUAUUGCCAUUGCUCCAAAUGGACCAUUACAGCUGAGCAGCUCAGCUACAGAGAGUGUGCAGGGUUUGCAGACAUUUACAAAUGCUGGUGGAACUCCACUGUUACAGUAUGUACAGACAUCUGAUGGUCAGCAGAUUCUUGUGCCAAGCAACCAGGUAGUAGUGCAGACUGCAUCAGGAGAUAUGCAGACAUACCAGAUACGCAGUACACCAACCAGCACUUCCCUCCCACAGACUGUUGUGAUGACGACUCCUGUCUCCUUGACAUCUCAGUCAACCAAGACAGAUGAUCCACAGUUGAAACGUGAAAUACGACUGAUGAAAAACAGAGAAGCAGCCCGAGAGUGCCGUAGAAAGAAGAAAGAAUAUGUUAAAUGUCUUGAAAAUCGAGUUGCUGUCCUUGAAAACCAGAACAAAACUUUAAUUGAGGAACUGAAAACUUUGAAAGAUCUUUACUGCCAUAAAAAUGUAUAAAAGGAGAAAAAAAGCCUUUUUUGUGAACAUCAGAAUUUCAGAGGGAUUUUUAUAUUAAUUUUUAAAAUGAAAAUGAAAGGUCAGAAUGAAUCUCUUCUAUUCAAAUUCUACAAUGUAAAGACUUAAGAUUUUAUUUAGAACUCGUUUUAUGGCAGAGGACAAAAAGAAAGCAUGAAACCUCGUGAAGAGUUCUUCUGGCACAACUGGAAUCUUCAUUUAAAUCAGGAUAAGUGGAUGUGCACAUUCUGUCAAUCAAGAUGUUUGGAUUUCUUGAGUUACAGUUGAAUUUUAAAAUGUCUGUACAAUUUGAUUGCAGUUAUGCAGAAAAGCUGAAUAUUUUGCCUUCAGCUGUGACUGUCUAUUAAUGUAUGUAACUAGCAUAUGUUAAAAUUUAUUAUCUCUGAUACUCAAUUUGUUUGGCCCUCUUCACAUGCUUAGGAUCUUCUCCACAGGUAUAGUGAAUGUGCAUAUAGCAGCAGGUUCUGCCCCCCCUCCCAUCUAUGCACUGGAAUACAUAUCUAUAAUAUGGAUCCAUAUAUGCCAGACUAUGCAGCACUCCAUGAUUGGAAACCCUAUAUUGUCAGACUUUCCAGUUGUAUGGAGCCCUGCUGACCUUUGGAUUUCAACAUGCAGGGCAAAACCUGUUGCUGCCGACCUGUGUGUUCAUUGAAUGUGUGGCGAAGAAUCGUAACAAAAUUUUCUAUUACUUGUAUGUAAAUAUUUUUUGCUUCAAACUGUACAUUCUAAUCUGUGUGUUGAGAAGAUAGAGACACUACUUUGCUAGAAGUCCAAGAUAUAUUAGCUUUUAACAGGCAGGCAAUUUAAUUUAAAAGAAGUGUGCUGUGUUUAUCAGUAUUGGUAAAGGCAGUGGGCUCUUUGUAGCCAAAAAGUCAUGCUACGCACAUGGAUGUGGUCAUGAAGAGUAGAUAACAUGCAUAAUGCCUUUAUUUGCAUGACACAAUAAGCCAGAGUUUGUCUUACAUGGCUUCAUCAUGAAUGCACGGUCCCUUCUGUGUGGGUCCCCGUGCAGCUUUUUGUCCUUGUAUGGUGGCUGAGUAGAUCAAACAAGUCAUAGUAUGGCUUGUCAUGUCAUCCAAACCAGCCAGUGGUUGGUUGGUUUCAAAUAUACCACAAAUUGUAAGCCAAAAACUAACCAAGGUUUGUACAUUGUAUAUUUUUGUGUUACUGCUUACUUUACAGUGAGGAAAAGCUGCAUGGGGAUCCUUGCGGCAGGGGCCAUGCAUUCAUGAUGAAACCAUAGUUUAAGACAAACUCUAGCUUACUGUGACAUGUAAACCAGGCCAACUUAUCAUUACUGAUGCCAAUGUUUUGGUAUGUUUUGUACAAGAGAACAAAUGUUGCAGAAAUUGUGUUUUAUACAAGAGAACAAGAUGUUGCAGAUAGUAUUUUCAAAGGGCUUUUGUGUGUAUGUGUUUGGUCACUGGGUAGAAAAAAUAUCUUGAGAUAAAUGGAAAUUGUUUCAAGUGAACAGGCAUCACAUAUUCUGUUUGAAGAUGCAGUUUUGCUUGCACAGAAAUAUUAAACAAACUCCAGGUUUCCUAGCUCUGCCCAACUUCAAAACAUAGUGAAGCUAAAAUUAUCUACCAAAGGUAAAAUAUAAUAUGAUGUUUAUAUAUAUUAAAGUGCUCAAUUACAAAACUCAAUUUAUAAACUUGAUAGUAACUUGUUGAAGCAAUUUCAAUUUUUAUAAGUAAUCCAGCUGAAAUAGACACCCUGCUAUUUUUUUAUAGUUGAAGAGUUGCCUUUACAAAUUCUAUAAUUGAGUUUAUAUUGAUAUUUUAAAUUUUUAUAGUGUUUCAGUAAAUGAUAUUUUCCCUCUCAGAUUAUCAAUUUUAUAUUUUUAUGAGAUGCUUAAGAAAAUUAGAGCCUAUUUCUAUGUAUUUCAUUAGGCAAUUUUAAUUUAACAAAAAUGUGAGAAUAUUUUUGAGAAAAAGUUUAGUAUUCACAGAAAAUACAUGAGUAUAUGCAUUCACUAUAAAGAUGCUGUCACAGAUAAUAGCGUCAUUUUGGUUCUUGUUUUUAAGGAAUGUUACAAGUAUCUUUUGACAUUAACUGGAUUCUGAGCAAGCAAUGAAUAUUAACGCAAACAACGUAGCCUUACCCAAGUUAAUACUGAAUCAUUCCAAUGGUGACCUAUGAAUGUCACCAGUAAAUGAAUUAUAGUAAGAGUGAGGACAAGAAUAUACAUGCUUGUUAUGCUAGUGCAAGCCUUUGUUAGAAAUAUUGGACAGUUUUAAAUUAUGGCACAGCAUUCCACAGACGGUUCCAUUAAAAUCCCUUCCAAUACUAAUUUUGGUGGUCUGGUGACUAUGAGACUCAGGUGAUCUCCCAGAUAUGCAGAAAAAUGUUUGUAAACAUUUUUAGAAUUUCUCACCCCUCAAGGAGAACUGAGCAUGGUUGUCCUCUGAGAGCUACAGAAUAUUUGAAUGCAAGUAGAGGGGAAUUGUUCUGACUUAGCCCCUACCAAUUCGAGGAUCAGUCCCCAGGAGGGGAAGGAGGCAAAUAUUCUCCAACUUAAUUUCUAAUCCCUGAACCAAUAUGCUAUAAACUAUUAUGGGUUCUAAUUACUUUGAAGCUAAGAGGGGGAUAUAAUUAGGACUGUUUAUGGCUAAAAGAAGACUGAAAUUAGGGUCUGGGGAUGCAAACCCUGAGGAGGAUAUCUGGUCCCCAUUAAUUCCCCCUAACCUCUCCCAUACACUAUGGGGAGUGAGGGAUAAAUAGAUCUCCCCAUGCUGCCUUGUACUGCUCAGGUUCAGGGACAGGAAAGCAGCUUCCUUUUCACCUGGCACUCAAUCUCAGCAGCUAGCAUCAUAGGCCAAUUGGACUAACAUACCAGAAUGCUGAGAUUCAGGACUAGGUACUCAAGUUAGUAUUAGAGCUCAGCAGCCAGCCAGAUGGGUGACAGAAAUCCAAAUUCAAUAAAUGAAUUUAAAUUUCCGAAUUAUUUCCCCUACCUCACCAUCUGUAUUGCUGGAGGUUUUGGGUGGGGGAAACAAGUGUUAAAACUAUAAUAGACCCUGAUUAUAUUUAAUUCUCUAACAAAUGAAACAUUCCUGGUUUCCUUUUCUUUAAAAAAUUGAAACUUGUGAUUUUGACCAUUAAACCAAGUAAAAAAAUGGUCCAUAAGUGAAAGGUGGACAAUAUAUAUAUUCACACAAUCCAGCAAACCCCUAUAGGCUUGUGCACAUGAAGCUUGGUUUCUAGCUUUGCUUUCCAACAGAAGUCCCAUUUCACGUCACUCUAAUUUUGAAAAUCUCAUUUCAAAAGUGUUUUUUUGUGUGUGUGUGAAAGGCAGAUGACGGCUGUUCAGUACCUUUCUCUGCAUUGCAGCUGACAAAAGUACUGUGUAGAGUGUUUUACAGGCCUGGAACUGUGCAACUAUUUGUGUACACUCAUUUCCUUUGUGGGGUUUUCAGAGGAGUGGAACUUUCAAAUGUACUACAUCAUUUUUAGUAUAUCUGAUAGUAAACUGUAUUUUGCAUCUGUGACAAAGGUGUGGGCUAAAAGUCUCUCCUUAUGUCCCAAGAAAUGUAUAUUUUAUAGUAACAAAAUAAUUUGAUGUUCAGAAGCUAUUAAAAUAGCAUUUAAUUUUGUUAUUUCAGAGCAAGAACAGAGUAGGGUUUUUUUGUGAUGUUUUAAGGUGAUUUAAGAGCAAAAUGCAUUAAAAGUUGAAAUCCUGUUAAUGUGCACUAUUAUUUUGAAAGGAGGAACCAUAAACGUAUAUCAUUACAGAAGUAGACAGUUAUCUAUUUCAUUUUUGGUAAUUAUUUAAAGAGGCAUAUUCAUACUAUUUGCCAACCUAUCUUGUGGUAUAAAGCUGGGUUGUCAGCACAGGCAAUGAAACAUUAAUUAUUGUUGAUCCUAACUACCUUCAAAUUUAGCAGCUUCGCUUGAAAGAUUUGUAAAUAUUUUUUUAAACAGGUGGUUGCACCCCUUGACUUCAGUAAUAAAGGACCUAAAAUUCAAA